AAAAUGGCGUCCAAGGGAAUGGGUUGCCUCGGCGAGGCGAUGGCUGCGCUGAGGAUAUCUGCGUCAAAGCCGGCGACGACAACCUUCAGCAGGCAAUUUACACGAUCAAUGGCCACCGAAGCACCGCUUAAAGAGGCCGCGAAACCAGCCGCAACCGCACAAUCCCUCAUGCAGUCAUGGAACCCAAUCUCAACCGUCCCCAUCACCAUCCACAGCUUCCCCUCCCUCGAGCCCCAGUCCCUCGAGCAGUGGUCCGUCCAGCACCUCUACCUCCCCCUCCGCCGCGACCUCCUCCACCUCGCCGUCGUCUACGAGGGCGACAACACCCGCCAGGGCACCGCCUCCUCCAAGACCCGCUACGACGUCCACGGCUCGCACCGGAAGCUGCGCCCGCAAAAGGGCACCGGCAGGGCCCGUCUGGGCAGCAAGCAGAGCCCUGUCCUGCGAGGCGGUGGCAAGACGUUUGGUCCUCACCCGCGCGACUUCGGGACCCGGCUGAACCGCAAGGUGUACGACAAGGCGUGGCGCACGGCGUUGAGCUACCGGUACAGACGGGGCGAGCUCAUCAUCUGCGAGGACGGCAUGGAGCUCGCGAUGCCGCAGGACUUUGACCUCGUGGCGGACAAGUACCUCAAGGACGGCCUGCGGGAGGCGUAUCUGAAAAAGUACAUGUCCGGCGUCCUGAGCACGCUGGGUCUCGGCAAGGAGUAUGGCCGCACGCUGUUCGUCACGGGAGAUCGGAGGGACAGGCUGUACGAGGCGAUGGAGCAGGUGCCGUGGGAGGGACGGGCUCUCGAUCUGGAGGACGUGGACGUCAAGGAUCUGCUGGAGACGGGCAAGGUGGUCAUGGAGAGGAGUGUGCUGCGGGAGAUGAUUGAGCAGCACCAGAGUGAUCUGGUCAGCCGGAUCGUCGUCAAUGGGCUUCCCAAGGGUGGGCCUCCUCUGGGAGAGAAGGAGUUGUGAGUG